AAAUGAGUUGAGUCGACAGGUAAAUUAGCCGUUGGGCAGACACGUUACAUGGGCAAUUGGAGUCGCCCAACAGCGUCACGGCGUUCUUUCCCGCAGCAUAUCAUGGGACGGGUUAAAGUGAUUUACAAGUGAGUCAGUUUUUUGUCGUUGUUGCGAGUUUUUCUCGAAGUUCGUCGCCUACAUCAUCGUCAGUCAUCGUGGGUGGAAUCGAAGACGACGCUCGAGAAGGCCAGAGGAAACUGAAGGGUUUCCCGCCUGUGCUCAUUAAAGCAGCUUUAAAAUCCCUGGAGAGUACGGCCUGGUGGACUGGACCAAGACUCUCUUUCUCGUCGUUCUCAAAGUCUCAAGCGGCGACAAGCUAGCAGGAUGGCGCCGCCGGCAGUGUUGAUGGUCGGCACGGGCGAGUAUACGACCGGCUUCGUCUCGGGGGCGGCGUCCACCUCAGACAAGAAAGUGGGCGUUGUUGGACUGACGCUCUUCGACCUCCGGCGUCGUGGGAAGGUCGCCGACCUCUCCAUGGUCGGCGUCUCCGGCAAGAAGUUCCCAGCCAUCCGCGCGCAUCUCCAGAAGAACAUCGCCGAAGCGUACAACGGGCUCGACGUCUCGUUCACGUCGUUCCCCGCCGACGACCAAUCGGACCCCAACGCCUUCAAGACGGCCAUCGACGCCCUGCCCGCGGGUUCCGCCGUGACCGUUUUCACGCCGGACUCGACGCACCACGAGAUUGCCAAGUACGCGAUCGAGCGCGGGCACCACGUCCUGAUCACCAAGCCGGCGACCAAGCUGCUGUCGCACCACCUGGACCUGCUGGCGCUGGCCGAGAAACACGGGGUGUUUGUGUACGUCGAGCACCACAAGCGGUUCGACCCGGCGUACGCGGACGCCCAGUUCCGGGCCCGGACCCUGGGCGACUUCAACUACUUCUACAGCUACAUGUCGCAGCCCAAGUCGCAGCUCGAGACGUUCAAGGCCUGGGCCGGCCGCGAGUCGGACAUCUCGUACUACCUCAACUCGCACCACGUGGACAUCUGCGAGUGGAUGGUGCGCGACGCCGGGUGGCGGCCCUCGACGGUGCGCGCCAGCGCCAGUCUCGGCAUCGCGGAGGGCGUGGGCUGCGGCCCGGGCACCGAGGACACCAUCACGCUGCUGGUCGACUGGGCGCGUCCCGGCGGCGGCGGCGGCGGCGACGGCAAGCGGGCCACGGGCAUCUACACGGCGAGCUGGACCGCGCCCAUGAACGCCGGCGUCCACUCGCAGCAGCACUUCCACUACGUCGCCUCCCGCGGCGAGAUCCACGUCAACCAGGCGAAGCGCGGGUACGACGUGGUCGACGAGGCCGACCGCUCCGGCAGCGCCCUCAAGUGGUACAACCCCUUCUACAUGCGGUACGCGCCCGACGAGGAGGGCCACUUCAACGGCCAGGGCGGCUACGGCUACGUGAGCUUCGAAAAGUUCAUCGACGCCGUCACCGCCGUCAACGAGGGCAGAGUCUCCCUCGCCCAGCUGGACAGGAGAGGCUUGCCCACGCUGCGGAACACCGUCCUCACCACGGCCAUCCUGGAAGCCGGACGCAGGAGUCUCGAUGAGGGGGGUCGGUCGGUCGAGAUCGUCGUGGGCGACGACGAUAAGGUGGAACUCAAAUAGGUCGGGCACGAGACCAAUUUUGACGGCGCUCGUGGGGGUUUGGAUGGGUUGGCCGUGUUGUACGAUUCUUCCAAAAUGCAUGGGUGAGGCGACGAGGCUACUUGAACAUGGGCGGGUCUUUCAGGGGGUUUCCGAAGUGAGAACAAAAGUUGAUAACAUCAAUGUGAACCACUUAUAUUGAUUGGGC